GAUCGAGGGCGCAGAGCACAGUCCUUGAGCCUGAAUGCCGGAGAAUCCGCAAUGGCUAGAGACUUGGCGGUGAUCCUCGGGGACAUUAUCCGGAAGGGCCGCUGUCCGGAAGUCCUGGUGGUCUACACCUGCGGCCACACCUGCCAGGCAGAGGUCCAGCUGGCAAAGUUUCUGGAGAAGCGAGAUCCUCGCACAGCUGCCAGGACGCUGCGAGUGGCAUGCCGCAGCGGGGAGCACUUGGGGGAAGAGGGUACCUUCAAAGUGGAGGUCCCGGGUGGCCCCUGCCGGCACAGCGCAUGCGCCAGCAGCAGCAGCGCAGGGCGGCGCACCCAGCUCCGCUGCGGCGCCACGGACAUGGAUUUGUCCACCUGUGAGGCGCCUGAAGACCCGAUCCCGGUCGGCAUCGCCUACGUGCAGUUUGCCACCUGGGUGCAAAGCAGCAACGAAGAACCACAGCACAUCAAGCUUAUCACCUGCAAAGGUACUCAGACUUGGAGGCAAUUCUUCACGACCCCAGGAAGCCUUGGUCCCGUACUGAUUGGUAUGGCCCUGUGGCUCCUCCUUUGCAUCCUGUACGCGGUCUAUGCGACCCCUGCCAACAUCAUGGUGUCUCCUGAAACUUUCUACAAGCAGGUCCAAGACCAAAUCGAGAAAAUCCCGGUGCCAAAGGAUAGCCCGCACUACUCCCACUACAGGCGAUACUACCUGCAGCAAUACCAGCAGCACCUCACGCAGUAUCGCGAGAUGGAAGAAGACUGGAAGCUGAACAGAGGACCCAGGCUGCACAGUGGAGCGCUGCUUCAGGGCCUGGGUCUCGGCACCUGGUUCUUUGUGGCGGUCCUGGCCCUCUGCGAGUGGAAGUAUACCACCGUCACGACUUGGAUCAACUCCGUGGAGGAGCACUGGGCAGCCUGGCGGAGGUCGCGAAAUGAAGCAGGGCAAGGCAAGAAGAAGAGGAAGAAGGCGGAGGAGCCGAAGGAGAAGGCCAAGCCCAAAGAGCUGAAGUCCAAGGAAGCAGAGAAGCGCAAGCCGAAGCGUAAGGCAGAGGAUGCCACAGUUCCCAGGCAGACCUGCGACAGUGCGCAGGGCUCAAGCCGCUCGCUUUGGAGCUGGUUCGCCAGGGAGAGAGAUGACGUCUCAACGCACAAAGAGGCUGUUGAGCCGGACGAAGCCAAAGAAGGGCAUGAGCCAGAGGCUCCCAAGGCCAGAGCUGCCAAGGCAGAGGAGGAGCCAGCAGUAGAGCCUGAACCCGUAUGCGAGAAUCCGGUGCAGGAGCAGGCUGAAGAGGACGGGCAGGAGCAGGAGGAAGAUGAUCAAGAGGAGGAGGAAGAGGAGGAGGAGGAGAAAGAAGAGGAGGAUGGGAAGGAGGAGCAAGCGGAAGACCAGCAGGCUUCGGACAGCGAGAAGGGCGCCCAUGCCGAGGCAGAAGAGAAGCACGAGUCGGAUGACGGCAGUUGGCAGAUGGUGACCAAGGGCAGGUUGAAGGCCGCUCCCAGCGCCCAGAAACCGCCGGAGCCGGUGCCUGCAGAACCCGAUGAACCCAUCGUCCAGGUGCCAAAGCACCCGGAGACGCUGAGCACACAAGAGCUGGUUGACCUUCUGCAGACCAGCAGUGUGCGACGACAGCUCCUCAGGCGUGGAGUUCCCAUCAGGGAACAGCUUCUUCACUGGUUCCGGGAGCUGCAGGAACCUCCAUCGAAGCUGAUGCCUGUUCAGCAGCCCGCAUCCGCUGCCUCAAAGGCACAGCGACCGGGACCUGCGGGCGCAGGCCCAAGGCCAGACAGGCCCAAGGCGACGCCUGCGCCGUGGUCAAAGCUGGAGCGGAAAGGGAUGGAGGUGAAGGUGCCUUUGCGCGCAGAGGCACCCGAGUUCUUCCCCAAUGACAUGUCCCACAUGCCAGCCAACACUGUCUUGGUGCCUUGCGUGUGGACAGGACGAGUCCUUGGUAGUGCCAGCUGGUCAUGUGUUGGUGCUGGGGGCAAUGGGUCUGCCCGAAGGUAUUCCCUUGAUGGUGCCCACGAGCGAGAAUUCCUGGGAGCAGCUGAAUCAGCAGUUCGACCUGGUGCCGCCCUUUGAACUGGCGCUUGGCAACGACGACGUCAUCGUGGAUGCCGCCACUAUGGACUUUAUGCAGGUCCCACCGGAGGAUCACCUCGCCGCGGCCAUCGCGGCGGCCGCGGCCGCCGAAGCCGCAGAGGCUGACUGAAGUCGGCCAAUGCAAGUGCAUCGCCGGCACUGGCCGUGGCUGUGGGAAAUUGAGUUGCCA